AUGGUUAAAUACCGAGAAGGAAGCUCAACACUUGACAAUGGCAGGAAGAUCUAUUGGAUCAUCUGUCGGGAGGAGCAAACCUUCGGGCAAUAUUGGAGGAUCCUGGAGCAUCACUUGGAGCGGACCUUCGACGGGCUGCGCAUCAGCCAUCCUCAAGCAUCGACCUUCUACGGAAUGAUUCGAUGCGGUAAGUAUUAUCAGAUCUACCGGGAAGUAAAGACCCCAGAGGAUGAAAAUGAUCCCGACCAUUUUGUGAAUGGCCUCUAUAGGAUCGACAUCAACGGGAGAGUCGCCUUCCACCGCGUGCACGAUGAAAAAGUGCUGUAUGACUGGCUCCAGAGUCUUCCUCCGGCUGAUUACGAUUACGAUUAUGAUGGUAUUGUUGUUACUGAGGGCGAUUAUAGGAGUGAUGUCGUAGAGGAAGGAGAGAUGGAAGCGUCUCACCUUGAUGGUGACCCCGAGGCUGAGGUCGUAGAAGAAGGUGAAGGGGGAAGAUCCUUACCGUGA